GGGAUAAGCCUAGGCCAGCCCUCCAAUCCCAGCCCUUCAUGCCAGCAGCAGAGGAAGGACCAGUGGUUUUCUCUGUGGUCCAGUUCUUCUAUAUUUGCCACUCUUUGGGGCCAUUCAUCCCAAGAGCAUCCCUGACAUUCAGCAUGAGCAAGGCCUGUAACCACUGCAUACGUUCAUCACUGGAUGAUGACAGAUAACAGCAAGGCAGUGGCCAUCAAUUUGAGGGCAGCUGAUGGAGCUGUCUCCAUGCACCUUCCUUCUUGAGUCACAACUGAUAAAACUCACAGCCCCCAGGGGAACAAGAAAGAGAGUGAAAUGAAAACCAAAACCAUCUCCAGCCUGUUGUUUAGUAACCCAGCUGCCAGAGCUCAGUGACCACCUCAAAGGGUGAGAGUGAGCCUGGGAGAUGGCAGUGAUGGAAGUGGCCUGCCCAGGCGCCCCUGGCUCAGCCAUCGGGCAGCAGAAGGAGCUGGCCAAGGCCAAAGAGAAGACGCAGUCACUGGGAAAGAAGCAGAGCUGUGUCUACAAGCUGGAGGCUGUGGAGAAGAGCCCCGUGUUCUGCGGGAAGUGGGACAUCCUGAAUGACGUGAUUACCAAAGGCACAGCUAAGGAAGGCUCUGAGGGCGGCCCAGCCGCCAUCUCCAUCAUCGCCCAGGCUGAAUGUGAAAAUAGCCAAGAGUUCAGCCCCACCUUCUCAGAACGAAUCUUCAUCGCGGGGUCUAAGCAGUACAGCCAUCCUGAGAGUCUUGAUCAAAUCCCCAACAAUGUGGCCCAUGCAACCGAGGGCAAAAUGGCCCGUGUGUGUAGGAAGGGAAAGCGUCACAGCAAAGCCCGGAAGAAACGGAAGAAGAAGAGCUCGAAGGCAGGAGUGUCCUUGGCCAAACCUUUGCCCAGAACCCCUGAGCAGGAGAGCUGCACAGUUCCAGUGCAGGAGGACGAGUCUCCACUAGGUGCCCUGUAUGUCAGAAAUGCCCCCCAGUUCACAAAGCCUCUGAAGGAACCAGGCCUUGACCACCUCAGCUUUAAGAAACUCGGAGAGGAUCUACGGCCAGUGCUGCCUCGACCGGAACUCCACAAACUCAUCAGCCCCUUGCAAUGUCUAAACCACGUGUGGAAACUCCACCACCCGCAGGACAUGGGCCCCCUGCCCCAUUCCGCUCACCCCUUUCCCUACAGCAGAUUGCCCCAUCCUUUCCCGUUCCACCCUCUCCAGCCCUGGAAACCUCACCCACUGGAAUCCUUCUUCCUGGGCAAACUAGCCUGUGUAGAUGACCAGAAGCCUCUUCCCGGCCCACACCUAAGCAAACUGACCUGCAUAGACAGUCAGAAACCCCUGCCUGGCCCACACCUGGAGCCCAGCUUCCCGACUCAGAGUUCCCAUGAGAAGUUCGUGGAAGAGUACCUGGUGCAUGCUCUCCAAGGCAGUGUGAGCUCAGGCCAGGCCCACAGCUUGGCCAGCCUGGCCAAAACAUGGUCAGCCGGGGGCUCCAGGGCCCAGAGGCCCAGCCCUGAAACCGAGGACAAUGAAGGCGUACUGCUUACUGAGAAGCUCAAGCCAGUGGAUUAUGAGUACCGAGAAGAAGCCCACUGGGCCACGCGCCAGCCCCGCCUAGGCAGAGGCUCCUUCGGAGAGGUCCACAGAAUGAAGGACAAGCAGACAGGCUUCCAGUGUGCUGUCAAAAAGGUGCGGGUCGAGGUAUUUCGGGCAGAGGAACUGAUGGCAUGUGCAGGAUUGACCUCACCCAGAAUCGUCCCUUUGUAUGGUGCUGUAAGGGAAGGUCCUUGGGUCAAUAUCUUCAUGGAGCUGUUGGAAGGUGGCUCACUGGGCCAGCUCAUAAAGCAGAAGGGCUGUCUGCCAGAGGACCGGGCCCUUUACUACCUGGGCCAGGCCCUGGAGGGGCUGGAGUACCUCCAUUCACGGCGGAUUCUGCAUGGAGAUAUCAAAGCUGACAACGUGCUUCUGUCCACUGAUGGGAGCCAUGCGGCCCUCUGUGACUUUGGCCAUGCCGUGUGCCUGCAACCUGAUGGCCUGGGGAAGUCCUUGCUCACAGGGGACUACAUCCCUGGCACAGAGACCCACAUGGCCCCAGAGGUGGUGAUGGGCAAGCCCUGUGAUGCCAAGGUGGACAUCUGGAGCAGCUGCUGCAUGAUGCUGCACAUGCUCAACGGCUGCCACCCCUGGACUCAGUAUUUCCGAGGGCCGCUCUGCCUCAAGAUUGCCAACGAACCUCCGCCUGUGAGAGAGAUCCCUCCCUCCUGCUCCCCUCUCACGGCCCAAGCCAUCCAAGAAGGGCUGAGGAAGGAACCUGUCCACCGAGCAUCAGCGACAGAGCUGCGGGGCAAGGUUGGCCGGGCACUGCAGCAAGUGGGAGGUCUGAAGAGCCCUUGGAGGGGAGAAUAUAAAGAACCAAGACAUCCACCGCCACACCAAGCCAAUUGCCACCAGGCCCCACAUGCCCAGCCAAGGGAGCGGUCACCAGCUGUGGACACCACUGGAGGGGCCCCUAAGCUUCAGCCUCCUCUACCACCAGAGCCCCCAGAGCGGAACAAGUCUCCAGCCCUGAGCAAGGAGGAAUCUGGCAUGUGGGAACCCUUGCCUUUGUCCUCCUUGGACCUGGCGCCUGCCAGAAGCCCCAGCUCACCAGAGCGGAGAGCAACCUUCCCCGAGCUGGAGCUGCAGCAGCUGGAAAUAGAAUUAUUUCUGAACAGCCUGUCCCAACCUUUUUCUCUGGAGGAGCAGGAACAAAUUCUUUCAUGCCUCAGCAUCGACAGCCGCUCCCUGUCAGAUGACAGUGAGAAGAACCCAUCAAAGGCCUCUCAGAGCUCUCGGGACACCCUGAGUUCCGGUGUACACUCAUGGGGCAGCCAGGUGGAGGCUGGAAGCUCCAGCUGCAACAUGGUGCUGGCCCGAGGGCGGCCCACCGACACCCCGAGCUACUUCAAUGGUGUGAAAGUCCAAAUACAGUCUCUUAAUGGUGAACAGCUGCACAUACGGGAGUUCCACCGGGUCAAGGUGGGAGACAUCGCAACAGGCAUCAGCAGCCAGAUCCCAGCUGCAGCCUUCAGCUUGGUGACCAAAGAUGGGCAGCCUGUUCGCUAUGACAUGGAGGUGCCCGACUCGGGCAUUGAUCUGCAGUGCACCCUGGCCCCUGAUGGCAGCUUUGCCUGGAGCUGGAGAGUCAAGCAUGGCCGGCUGGAGAAUCGGCCCUAGCCCUGCCUUCCAUAGCUAGCUCCAGUCCACCUGGAGCAACCUUUCUUCUGGGUGCUUGAUGCCACCCUGAAACACAGAUCCAACCUGUUCCUAGGGAUCUGCUGUCCCCUGACUCAGUAGUGGGUCCAGGGGCUGGCAGCAGCAAAGUGGGGGCAAAAACACCAGCCCUCCUGGACUUCUCAUCUGAGUCCUGCCACCUCUGCCAAGAAAAUGCUCCAGUCAUCUCAGGAGACAGAGGAAGGAAGGCAGGAGGACUCUUCCCAUGGGAACCAAGAGGGUCUUCUCUGCAUUGCUUCACACGAGUUGGCCUGACCCAUUUGGAUCAGUGAUCACUUGCUGGCAAUCGGAGGAAAGCAACUUCCGGCCAGGGGCAGGAGAAGCAAGAGAGCCCUGGGCCCCUCGGCCCCAGGCAAGUGUGAGAGUGUGAGGGCCCAUGCCCAGGUCAUCUAGGACCAGAGCAGCAGGUGUUCCUGCCCUUGCAUUAGUGGGGGCUUCUGACCUCUUGCCUGGCCUUCCUGGCUGCAGACCCCCUUUGGGAUAGAGGAGGAAGAAAUGCCCAGCACUGGGAAGGAAGCCUCCUUGGUAGAACACACCACCUUUGUAGGUUGUCACAGCUCAGCUCCUAAGUCAAACUCUGGUUCAGCCAAGAACCAAAGAAGGUAUUGCAGUGAAGUGGUUCUCAGCCCUUAGGCACAAGCACGUGUCCCUUUGCUGCUCCCCAGAAGAGCAGGCCCCGUGCCCUGCCACAGACUGGCUGACACUUAGUUCCCUUGUCUAGACAAGUGAAGAUCGACAUGAGACCCACCUGAAAGGAAAGGUCUGCAGAUGGGGCACCGCAUAGGGGCUGUUCCCCAGCCACACUGCCAACAUCCAGUACACUUGCCCUGCCCAGCCCCUGGUCCCAGGGCACUGCCAGAUACACUUUGCACUCCGUUGACCUCAAGCACUUUCCUGGCUGCCUUCCAGGAGGGCAGUGGCUCUAUACGGACACAAGCAGACCAGGGUAUGGGUGAAGGGACUCAGUCUUAACUGUCCAUGUGCAUUUGACCCCAUGUGCAUUUGUCCAUGUGCAUUUAAGGUGAUCACUCCCUACCCAUGGCCCCUUCUCAGCCUCUUAUUUGCAGGGAGCUGCUUGAGACUCAUGUAGCAUUAAAUCAACUGUGAAUUGUUACAGGGAGGGGCACAAGAUCCCUCCUCAGAAGCAGCUCAUCCCCCACCCAGCCGAUGUGGCCUUUGUCCAGCUGUUAGCAUGGCACCAGACAGCUCCAAGGAGAGCUGGCCCCAGUACACGAAGAACCAAGCCCCUCCAAGCUGCAGUGUUGGCUUAGAGAGAACUCUGUGAAUAAUAAAGUUUGGGGUGAUGACAUCAUUUAA